CCCUCGUAAAGUCUGCGGCACAGCCCCCAGGCCGCUUUCUCUGCGGCACUGUCCCUGGGCUGCAUUUUUUUCUGCUGUGGGUGCCUGUGUGUCCCUCCUCCCUGCUGCCGUCCCUCCUCCUGCCGCCACCACCCACCUCAGACUUCCUCCUUCACUUGCUUGGACGUCACCCCACAUCCCACCAGCCCCUGGACUGAGGUGUCCGGCGCCCGUCUGGUCACCAUGGGGACCCUGGAGCCCUCCUGGCACCUGCUGUUGCUCCCUGUCCUCCUGACCGUGGGAGGAUUAAGUCCCGUCCAGGCCCAGAGUGAAUGCGACUGCUCUCCUGUGAGCCCUGGUGUACUGGCUGGGAUUGUGCUGGGUGACUUGGCUCUGACACUGCUCAUUGCCCUGGCUGUGUACUCCCUGGGCCGCCUGGUCCCUCGAGGCCGAGGGUCUGCAGAGGGGACCCGGAAACAGCACAUUGCUGAGACCGAGUCACCUUAUCAGGAGCUUCAGGGUCAGAGGCCAGACGUCUACAGCGACCUCAACACACAGCGGCAGUAUUACAGAUAAGGCCACACCGCGGCCGUCGCAACCUAACGCCUGGAUCCGGGGGUUCCGGGUGGCCGCUCCGCAUGGCCUCCCCGGGACCGGGAUGCCCGCUGGAAUCCCGAUCCUCGCAGCGCCCUCCCUGAGAUGCCCCACCUUGCCCCGUUUCUGUCUCCAAAUAAAAGCGGAGCAGAA